CACAACCUCGAGCUCCCGCCCCGCCGCCGCACCCCGCGGGACGAGCUGCGGAGCCCGGCUUGGGGACGAGCGGCCGCGACACGGGGCAUGAAGUUGGGUGCGCGCGGGUCUCGGAGCGGAGGCGCGGCACAGCCGGGAGCCGCCCUCGUCUAGAGCCCGCUCUGUGAGCCAUGGAGAUCGGGGGCCCCGGGGCGCCGCCGCCGCUGCUGCUCCUGCCGCUACUGCUGCUCUUAGGGACCGGCCUCUUGCCUGCUAGCAGCCACAUCGAGACCCGGGCCCAUGCGGAGGAGCGGCUCCUGAAGAGACUCUUCUCCGGCUACAACAAGUGGUCUCGGCCAGUAGCCAAUAUCUCAGAUGUGGUCCUUGUCCGCUUUGGCUUGUCCAUUGCCCAGCUCAUUGAUGUGGAUGAGAAGAACCAGAUGAUGACUACCAACGUGUGGGUCAAGCAGGAGUGGCAUGACUACAAACUGCGCUGGGACCCCGGUGACUACGAGAAUGUCACCUCCAUCCGCAUCCCCUCUGAACUCAUCUGGAGGCCUGACAUCGUCCUCUACAACAACGCGGACGGGGACUUUGCAGUCACCCACCUGACCAAAGCCCACUUGUUCUAUGAUGGGCGUGUGCAGUGGACACCCCCGGCCAUCUAUAAGAGCUCUUGCAGCAUCGACGUCACCUUCUUCCCCUUCGACCAGCAGAACUGUACCAUGAAGUUUGGGUCCUGGACCUACGACAAGGCCAAGAUUGACCUGGUGAGCAUGCACAGCCGUGUGGACCAACUGGACUUCUGGGAAAGUGGCGAGUGGGUCAUUGUGGAUGCCGUGGGCACCUAUAACACCAGGAAGUAUGAAUGCUGUGCCGAGAUCUAUCCUGACAUCACCUACGCCUUCAUCAUCCGCCGGCUGCCGCUGUUCUACACCAUCAACCUUAUCAUCCCGUGCCUGCUCAUCUCCUGUCUCACCGUGCUGGUCUUCUAUCUGCCCUCGGAGUGCGGUGAGAAGGUCACACUGUGCAUCUCAGUGCUGCUCUCCCUCACCGUCUUCCUGCUGCUUAUCACCGAGAUCAUCCCGUCCACCUCGUUGGUCAUCCCGCUCAUUGGCGAGUACCUGCUCUUCACCAUGAUCUUCGUCACCCUCUCCAUCGUCAUCACGGUCUUCGUGCUCAAUGUACACCACCGCUCACCACGCACGCAUACCAUGCCUGCCUGGGUGCGCAGAGUCUUCCUGGACAUCGUGCCCCGCCUUCUCUUCAUGAAGCGCCCAUCUGUGGUCAAAGACAACUGUCGGAGACUUAUCGAGUCUAUGCACAAGAUGGCCAAUGCCCCUCGUUUCUGGCCAGAACCUGAGAGCGAGCCAGGCAUCUUGAGUGACAUCUGCAACCAAGGCCUGUCAUCUGCCCCACCUUUCUGCAACCCCAUGGACACAGCAGUCGAGACCCAGCCUACAUGCAAGUCCCCCUCCCACAAGGUCUCCGACUUGAAGACGUCAGAGGCUGAGAAGGCCAGUCCCUGUCCAUCACCUGGCUCCUGUCACCCACCCAAUAGCAGUGGGGCCCCAGUGCUCAUCAAAGCCAGGUCCCUGAGCGUCCAGCACGUGUCCAGCUCCCAGGAAGCAGCGGAGGGCGGCAUCCGCUGCCGGUCUCGGAGUAUCCAGUACUGUGUUUCCCAAGAUGGAGCUACCUCCCUGGCUGACAGCAAGUCCACCGGCUCCCCAGCCUCCCUGAAGACCCGUCCAUCCCAGCUUCCCGUUUCAGAGCAGGCCUCUCCAUGCAAAUGUACAUGCAAGGAACCAUCUCCUGUGUCCCCCAUCACUGUGCUCAAGGCCGGAGGCACCAAAGCACCUCCCCAACACCUGCCCCUGUCACCAGCCCUGACACGGGCAGUAGAAGGCGUCCAGUACAUUGCAGACCACCUCAAGGCAGAAGACACAGACUUCUCGGUGAAGGAGGACUGGAAAUACGUGGCCAUGGUCAUUGACCGAAUCUUCCUCUGGAUGUUCAUCAUUGUCUGCCUUCUGGGCACUGUGGGACUCUUCCUGCCUCCGUGGUUGGCUGGUAUGAUCUAGGGAAUAGUGGCACCUAGCUCCCAGGUCUCUGUAGGGCCAUGCGACUUGUCAGUCACCCACAUCUUCCAAACCAGCCAUGAGACACCUAGGAGAGAGAGAUGCUGCCCUGGUUGACCCUGGUUCUAGUCAGGCCACAGGCCUGGUUGGAGCUAGUUGAGGGCUGAUAUAGUUGCAGGCUGAGUUCCCCCAUUAAAGUUUCUCCAGAGCAAGUGACAGUCACUCCCUAGCUUACAGACAGCACACACCCAUCUGUGUCACAGAGAAUGAUCCAGUGUUGAUCUCAGUUAUCCUUUGAGGCCACGAAAAUUCAUCCCCCUUCAGGAACCAGAGCCCCUCAUGCUGUGGGAUUCCUAAGACCCAGGAAAUUCCCAUGGUGCUCUGCUGUCCACACCCUGUCCCUCCCCAUAAUGUGGUUCCCUCAACCCUCCAGGCUGGGCUGCUCUCUGACUCAAAGGUGUCAGGUGUGAGCCCAGGCAGGUUUUUAUUUUGUUUAGGUUGGAGCGAAUUGGUAAGAAACAGAGCAGUGAGAUAUGUGGGUGGGUUCACUCACAGGUGAAUGAGUGCAGGACCUCACAGGAAGAGUGAGGCACCACAGGACUCCCGCUUCCAUCUCAGGGUCACAGGGCUCUAUCAUGAGCAUUUCCUAGGGUCCAGAAACCCCCAGGAGGGCAAGGGCAUCGAGAGUCUCAGGGUUGUGAUGGAGCCAAAUCAUAUCCAGGACCUGGGCCGUUCAUCCCCUCAAGGAUCUUCCUUGAUAUCCCUGUAUGUUUCUGCCUCUCUGAGAUUAGAAGACUGAAAGUAAGACUUCUCAUCACGGUCCUGUGGUGUGGCCACAUCUCUCUAGACCAGCAGGAGUGGUGGGAAGCUCCUUCAGUGUGGUGGAAUAGGGUGAGCUACCAAGAGACUUCUAAGCAAAACAGGCUCCGUGACUCAUUGUUUGAGGGCCAUCGACCAAGUGUUAGAGGUGCCUCACCCAGUCUGCCGUGCACUUAGGUUGUAGGGAAGACCUGAGAGGCUCCUCUUCCCCUUCCCAAGACGGCACCAGGCAACCUGGAGAAUCCACAGUGGUGGGAUGGGAGAAAGAACAUGCUGUGCACACCUCUAUGAGAUUCCACUGAGUGAAGCCCAGAACAUGGGAGACACGCAAGAAAUCGCCCUGUGUCGUGGUCCCAAUUGCCCCUCCGCUGUCCCCACCAGCAAGGUGGGUUCUGCAGAGCUGGGCCCUGCACCCUCAGCCAAGUUGUUCUAGGCCCUGAAGCUGCGGCGCCUAUUUGGAUAGUCCUGGGGACUGCAGAAUGAUAGAAGAACUUAAUGAACACACCAAGCCUCCAGUAGGUACGGCUGCCACCUCUGUGGUAUGACUUGCCCAUCCCAGCUGAAUGAGGAUGUCAGGAAGGAGGUAUGCCGAAGGGCCAGCAUUGCCUUUACCUGACUACCUACAGGCAAAUCCACCUUUAAACACAGAGCUGCUGGGCAUCCAGGGUGCUGGUGGGAAAGGAACUCCACGAUGGGAGCCCUGGGCCAUUCCUAUGAACAGGACAGGGAUGUAGAGGCCUGGUCCCGAACUCUGGAUGUUGUUCCAGGUCUUCCCUAGAGUCCUAAGGGCAUUGAGGAUCCCGUCUGCCAUGUUUCCAUCUGCCCUCCACUGACUGACUAGAUCACUAGCCCCUAUAUUGGAACUGUCAGGAUGCUGCAAGAAGACCCUGGUGGGGAAAUUUGUGCCAGAAUCUGGGGGCCAAGGGGAACACAAGCCCCAGUGAUGAAGGUAGCAGAUAGCACCAGACAGAUGUGUGUUCUACCCUCAUGGUGCAUACGUGGCUCCAACCACAAGAAAUGCAGACAGCAUUUCAGAGAUCAGGGCAAGGCCAUAGUGACAUGGAACAGGACUGCUGUGCUGUUCUCUUCAGGGUUAGGAAAACUGAACUGCUGGGAUGCCCCUGACAGGAUAUUUCCUCCCCCGCCCCCCCCCCCCGCAAUCCCUCCCACAAGCCAGAAAAGGAAAAUAAAACACCAUGUUCUCCCCAUUCCCACUCAGCCAGCCUUUUGUCUGCCUGCUUCCAGUGUUGAUAUAGGUUCAAGAUGAAGUUCAACUAGGGCAGAAUGCUUGAUUUAAGGCUUUUGAACCUGUGAACUUUAAAGAACUGAGACUGUGUGGCCCCAGCCCCUCUGAUAUGUAGACAUUAUCCCCCCAAAGCUCCCAGUCCUCCCAUUCUACCCUGUUCCAUUAGACAGCAUCAACUCAAAUGUGAGUCUUGGAGACCAGUUCAGCUAGCCAUCAUAUGUCUGGGAUCCCAUAUUGGACUCUGCGAUGUCUGGCUUCUUUCGCUUGUGUGGCCAAGGCUCAUCUGCGGUGUUGUGUGCGAUAGACUCAUUGCUGUUGUGUGCUUGUUGGUUCUUAGUUGUUUCUGUCUGAAUAAACUGAGUCGUGGUGUCUCCCCCA